AUGCAUAUACUGUCGGCUAAGUGCUUUGCAUUACAGCAAUUGCUGUUUACCCUUGUGCUGGGUAUUCCUGCUCCUGAUUCGGCUAUUCAGAGGCUUCUGCAGGUUCCCCCUGGACGAAGUCAGGAUGUUCUCGGCCUUGGCAACCCUCCUUUCACUCCGGGACAUCGUGACCCGUUUGAUCACAAGGUUGACUCAGUAGGCGAUGAUCGACACCCUCUGCCUUACCGUGGAGGUUAUGGAGCUUCGAUCGAGGGACCCAGGAACAAAGACCGUGAGAAGCAGAACCCCGAUCUUGUGCGUCCUCCGAGCACGGACCAUGGCAGCAUGUCCAAUAUGCGAUGGAGUUUCGCUGAUUCCCAUAUCCGCAUUGAGGAAGGGGGAUGGACUAGACAAACUACCAUCCGUGAACUACCAACGAGCCGCGAAUUGGCCGGUGUGAACAUGCGUUUGGAUGAGGGCGUUUAUCGCGAGCUCCACUGGCAUACCGAGGCAGAAUGGGCAUAUGUCCUCGCAGGCAACGUCCGAGUGACUGCACUAGAUCCGGACGGCGGUAGCUUUAUCGACGACCUUGAAGCGGGUGAUCUGUGGUACUUCCCAGCAGGUUUCCCUCACUCUCUUCAAGGCCUGAGUCCAAAUGGUACCGAGUUCCUGUUGAUCUUCGACGACGGGAACUUCUCCGAAGAAUCAACAUUCAUUCUGACUGACUGGCUGGCUCACACCCCAAAGUCUGUCCUGGCGGAAAACUUCCGCGUUAACCCGGAAAGAUUCCUUUCGAUUCCUCCGUCGGAAAAAUACAUCUUUAAAGGCACGGUUCCAGAUACUGUGGAGCGCGAGAAACCUCCCGGAUUCCAUAAGAGCAAACUGCAAUUUACCCAUCAUAUGCACGCGCAAGAUCCCAUCCGCACAAGCGGUGGAGCUGUGCGAAUUACUGACUCGACGAAUUUCCCGAUCUCGAAGACUGUAGCUGCUGCGCACCUAGAGAUCGCCCCAGGUGCACUCCGUGAAAUGCACUGGCACCCUAAUGCAGAUGAGUGGACGUAUUUCAAGAAAGGUCGUGCUCGCGUGACCGUUUUCGCUGCAGAGGGAAAUGCCCGUACAUUCAACUACAUGGCAGGCGAUGUGGGUAUUGUUCCCCGCAACAUGGGCCAUUUCAUUGAGAACCUGAGUGACGAUGAACCACUUGAGGUGUUGGAGAUUUUCCGCGCAGAUAAGUUCCAGGACUUUUCGCUUUUCCAGUGGCUUGGAGAGACUCCGCGCCGGAUUGUUGCGGAACAUAUCUUUGCUGAUGACCCUGAGGCUGCCGAGGAGUUUUUGAAGCAAGUUGAGGGUGCCGAAAAGGAUCCGAUCAAGGAUACCCUGGCUUGA